AUGGCAGCUCUAAUGUACCAGAUAUUGUCGUCCUCAGCGCUGGUAUCUCUGGGACUCUAUCACAUGGUGGCCACCACCCGCAACUACCUGAAAUCUCCCCAGUCGUAUUCCGCUAAGCCCUAUCAUCCCUUUCCUCUCUCAUCUUCUUCCCCUAAUCAUCGCCUCAGGUACCUCCAGCUGUUCCUCAUCACCGCCUGCCUUAUCGUCGCCGUCAUCCACCAGUCGGCGACCUCCUUGGACGCUGACCCACUCCUCAAGGGCCGCACCCCUGUCCACCGCUUCACCUCCCUCCAGUCCGCCGCUGCUCUCUUCCUCUUUCUGCUCCUCACGCUCGCCAUCCUCCUCUCCGAGUGCGCCCCUUCUCUGCUCCCCCUCUCCACCGAUCUCAUCUUCGGCCUCGCCGCCGCGCUCUUCUACAUCCACUCCUUCAUCUCUCGGGAAGCUGCCUCCGUCCAGACCUCCGAUCUGCAGGCCAAGUGCGAUUCCGUCUCGGGCCGGGUCUCCGCACUGGCCUCCCUGCUCUGCCUUGUCUUGGCCUGCCAGCCCAAGCUCUUUGUUGCUGAUGUGGGUUUGGGCGCUGCCAUGUCCCUGCAGGGCCUCUGGGUCUUGCAGACCGGGCUCUCCCUUUACGCGGAUGCCUUCAUCCCUGAGGGCUGCCACAAGCUACUUGAUGUCGUCAGCGGGGUUGAGGGUUCAACCAAGUGCGACCUGGAUGAGUCCCGCUUCAGGGCAGUUGCUAUUUUGGAUCUCUUGUUCCUGGUGCACGUCAUGUUUGUGUUGCUCAUUAUGCUGGUCGUCCAUGCAGUGGUUGCCAAGUCUGUUGGCAUCCGCAAGUUGGCUUCUUACGAGGCCUUGCCUACCGCUGUGCCCGACAACAACCACAAUCAUAUUCAGAUGAAAGCCUUGAGCGGCACCCAGGCUUAG